CUUAUACAUCCUUUCGCGGUAGUUGUCCAAACUACCUGUCAGUCGUCUCGGUCAGGGUCAUCCAUCAGCCGCCAUGGCAAACACUCCUCUGAAUCCAUCCGCCGCAGCAAUGGCAGCAGCCCAGGCUAUAGUAGCACUGCGGAAAGUCUCCAAGGCGGCCGCUAACGCCAACCUGAAAGUUCCGGAAAAUGCACCAACUGAUGAAGCUCGUCUCUGCGAGAUUGAGCUCAACCACUUCCGUGGCAUGGACGACCGUGAGCUAGAGCUUACGCUGCACGUCACGAACCUCAGCCGUGCGAUCACACGUGAAGAGCUUCUCCAAUUAUUCUCGUUCUGCGGAAAUGUCACACGAUGUGACUAUCUCAACAACGACAGGUCCGUUGCUCAUAUUCGCUAUUCAACCCCAGAAGAAGCGAAGGUCGCUUUGGACAUGAACGACAUAGCGAUUGCAGAUGUGAAGCUGAAGGUUGAGCUGGCGAAAACUGCUCAAGCUAGAAUCCAGACAGCUCUGACUGCUUCUGCCAACGCGAUUUCCAACUUCCUCCCCGGACGUGAAGGGAGAGCUACAGCCGCGUUACAGGAAAUUGUGGCGAAGCCGUUGUUGCAAUUUCAAGAAGCGCUUGCUAUGCAGCAGAAUGCCGCUCGGAAGCCGAAGGGCUCGUGCCCCGCCUCAGCUGCAGCUGCUCUGGCAAUGCAGAGAGCUAAGGAGAUCAGCAAGGUUCUGACAUCUAAUGCAUCAGCAAGUGAUCCGUUACAGAAAAGCAGGUACGAGAACGUCUACACAGAUGGCAAGAAGAAGCCUGACUUUCAACCCAGUCUUGGACUCUCCUUCAAGUGGCAUUCAGGUCGUUAUGAAAACGGAGCAGCUCAUGACAGGAGGAGAGGCUCUGGCCGUUCUGAGAACGUCACGGCACAAGACACAAGAAAAGCCUCUUCGUACAUUGGUUCAAAACGCAGGCAAGAGUGGGGAGACAGCUAUCAUGGUUACAAGCAUGAAGCCAAGAAGAGAACGUUCCAAGGCAAACCGAGCUCCCAUGAGGCAUUCUGUGAAAGGUGGCAGAUGCUGCAUGAGAGGACCCUCGACACUCAUGGAUUCCAUGCAGAAGAAUGAAGCCACAUGCAACUAGUCUAGCUGAAUAGCAUUUACAGAGAGCUUCAGGGCAUUAUAUCUAGAAAGUGCUGUAGCUGUAUAUGAAGUUAUUGCAAUAAAUCAAGCCU